UCGACUUGUUCUCUCUCAGCCGGUUGGUUAUGGAAGCAUCGUUAUAGGCCGACAGCUCCGUGGAAUGGUUUAUGCCGAGCGGAAAGGGAAUGGCAACCUUGUGAUUUUUCGACUGUGUACUAUAUGAAAAAUACUAAUCAUGUUGUUCAUUGUGUUGGGUGAGGCCAAACGGAACCCACAUGUCAGUGCUUUAGGAUGGCCAGUGACUGCUCAAGCAUUACCAGUCCUGUGGUACGCCAAAUUGACAAACAGUUUCUGAUCUGCAGCAUCUGCCUGGAUCAUUACAAAAUUCCCAAAGUUCUUCCUUGUUUACACACCUUUUGUGAGAGGUGCCUGCAAAACUACAUUCCUGCCUAUAGUUUAUCACUUUCCUGCCCAAUCUGCCGCCAGACUUCUAUUUUGCCUGAAAAGGGAGUUUCUGCACUGCAGAAUAAUUUUUUCAUUACAAACCUAAUGGAUGUUCUUCAGCGGACUCCUGACAACAAUCAUGAGGACUCCAUUCUGGAGACAAUCACAGCGGGAGCAGCUGGAAAACCCCUUUCCUGCCCAAAUCAUGAUGGAAAUGUGAUGGAGUUUUAUUGCCAGUCUUGUGAGACAGCCAUGUGUCAUGAAUGUACAGAAGCAGAGCAUGCUGAGCACCCAACUGUUCUUCUCAAGGAUGUAGUCGAGCAGCACAAAGCUUCCCUGCAGAUGCAAUUAGAGUCUGCUAAACAGAGGAUGCCUGAAUUGGACUCUGCUCUGGGCUUCCUCACUGAAAUCUUACAAGACUUAACAAAUGAGAAAGUGAGCAUUGAAGAAGAAAUUCACAGUACAUUCAGCGACCUCCAGAAGACCCUGAGUGUACGGAAGAGUGUUCUGCUUAUGGAACUGGAAGUCACAUAUGGUGUUAAACAGAAAGUUCUGCAAGCACAACUGGAUGCACUAAUGCAGGGUCAGGAAAGCAUCAGGAGUAACUGCAACUUCACUGAACAAGCCCUAAACCAUGGGACAGAAAUGGAAGUCUUGUUAGUUAAGAAGCAAAUAGGUGACAGAUUGAAUGAGCUUGCUCUUCAGGUGUUCCCUCUGCAACCACAAGAAAAUGAUCAGCUGGAAUUUGUAGUGGAAACUGAAGGGCUUAAAAAAUCUAUACACAAUUUAGGUACGAUUAUAACUACAAAUGCGGUGGCCUAUGAGACUGUUGCGACAGGUGAGGGUCUGAGACAGUGUGUGAUUGGCCAUCCUACGUCUGUUACUAUAACAACAAAGGACAAGGAUGGAGAACUUGUUAAAACUGGAAAUGCAUGUCUUAGUGCUGAAAUUUCAUCUCCCGAUGGCAGCGUAGUUGAUGGGGAGAUACUGGAUAAUAGGAAUGGAACCUAUGACUUCCUCUAUACGAUUCACAAGGAACAGAAGGAGGGUGACUUUACACUCACUCUCAGACUUUACGAUCAGCACAUUAAGGGGAGUCCAUUUAAGUUACGAGUUGUCAAACCUACUGAUCUUUCUCCAACAUCUGAUGGUGUCAAGAGACGUGUGAAAUCCCCUGGCAAUGGGCAUGUGAAACAGAAGGCUGUAAAACGACCAGCAAGUAUGUAUAGUACUGGAAAAAGAAAAGAAAAUCCAAUUGAAGAUGACUUGAUCUUUAGAGUUGGAACAAAGGGAAGAAAUAAAGGAGAGUUUACCAAUUUACAGGGAGUGGCCACUUCUACCAAUGGGAAGGUCAUGAUUGCAGACAGUAACAAUCAGUGUGUGCAGAUUUUCUCAAAUAGUGGACAGUUUAAAAACCGGUUUGGUGUUCGUGGACGAUCACCUGGUCAGCUGCAACGUCCAACGGGUGUGGCUGUGCAUCCAACCGGUGAUAUUAUCAUUGCUGAUUAUGAUAACAAGUGGGUGAGCAUUUUCUCAUCAGAUGGCAAAUUCAAGACCAAACUAGGCUCUGGGAAGCUUUUGGGACCGAAAGGUGUAGCAGUGGAUCGCAAUGGCCAUAUAAUUGUGGUGGACAACAAGGCUUGCUGCGUCUUCAUUUUCCAGCCUAAUGGGAAACUGGUGACAAAAUUUGGUAACCGAGGAAAUGGUGACAAGCAGUUUGCAGGUACACUUGAUGGUCCUCAUUUUGCAGCAGUCAACAACAAUAAUGAAAUCAUUGUUACUGAUUUUCAUAACCAUUCAGUUAAGGUGUUCAACACUGAUGGUGAGUUUGUGUUAAAAUUUGGAUCUAAUGGAGAAGGAAAUGGUCAGUUUAAUGCUCCAACUGGAGUAGCCGUGGAUUCCAAUGGAAAUAUUAUAGUUGCUGACUGGGGAAAUAGUCGCAUACAGGUGUUUGAUGGAAAUGGAUCAUUCCUCUCCUACAUUAACACUUCUGCUGACCCUUUGUAUGGCCCUCAAGGUCUAGCAUUGACUUCUGACGGUCACGUGGUGGUAGCUGACUCCGGAAAUCAUUGCUACAAGGUUUAUCGCUAUUUACAGUAGCACUAGAUCUUUGGAUUGACAAACCUUAAUAACCUGUAUUAGAAAAUUAAUGCAAUUUCACUUUAGUUUAAAAAUAGCUCUUUUGGAGAUUUGUUUUUGUUUGGCACCUUUUCUGUUGCUAGUUUAAUUAUCCACUGCACAAGGAAGGAAAUGUGCAGCUUUGUACCCAAGGCUUCUCUCCACUGUUUAUAAUGUUGUUGCUCUGGAUUCACAGGAUUCAAAUAAAGCUGUCAUAAAUCUAAUAAAUGGAUUGCACAUGUGACUUUGCAGAUAUAGGGUUAUGUAGCUGACUGACAAUAAAUUUAGAAUGAAAUAUACUCGAGAAUUAUUAAAGAAAAAUUUCAUUCUGUACUGGAAGUUUUUAUUUCAAUUGCUGAAAUUUCAAGUAAAUAGCUGCAAAUGAACAACCAUUGGAAUUUUUAUGCUUUGUGCUCACAGCUAUAUUUCUCAUAGCUUCUCUGCAUAUUCUACUGGGCCCUUACAAUUAACUCCUCAUUUUUGUAUUCAGGGUAAAUAGCUGUUCUGCAUCUAGAGCAUUGUUCCUUUGCUGUAUCGUAUUGAUGCAAGCCCUUUAUAAAACAAUCUUUACAGCAGGAUCCAUCCCAAAGUAAGUUACAAUUGAAGUUCAUGAGGAAAUCAACAUUAUAGUUUGAAUUCUAGAUAUGUUUGAGUAUAAUGGCAUCCAAUAAUUGGUAACUAAGUGCUUUAUUCAGUUUCUCUGUUUAACUAAAAUCCAUGAUGUUUGCCAUGUGCCUCAUUAUUAGCUGUGCAAACUCUCAAUUCUGAUGCAAGAAAACUGAAGAAACUGAAUAGCAUCUUGAAUAAUUUUCUGUAGUAAAUCCAGCAGAGAUGCAAUCUGCUGAGCAAAUGGAUGCAAAUGAAAAUACAUUUUAUUCCUUUGCCAUUAAUUGAAUUAAGUUUCUUGAAAGAUGUUUGUUUAUUUUGGCCUGCUCAUAUGUUUAAUUUACAUCUGUUUAUCCUAAUUUGAAUACAUGCUCAGAUUGCAUAAAAGGAGGAAAUUUGGUGUUCUUGUGAAGUGCACUAAAACAUUAAAAUAUGAAUACUGAUUUACAUAAUUCACUUAACGGUCAUUUUACAAUUAUUUAAUUGUUAUGGACUGUUUCCUUCAUUCAAGGUUGUGGAAUGUGGAAACAGAAAGGAUGUAAAUUGUUUGUUCGUUACCUAUAAGGGUUAGAAAUACUUUAUUUGCACCAAUAUUUCUCCUAAGAAGGUUCAAACAGCAAAGUGCUGCACUGGUCUGUAAACUUUCUCUGUAAAAAUGUUCAACCAAACUACUUAUAUUUUCUCUCUAAUGUAUUAACAAAUGCCUCUUUGUUGCCAAAUGUUUUGAAACCAAGUGCCCAUAGAAAUUGUUUGGGAGGACAAAUAGGCUCAGACCAGUAAAUAAAAUGUGAUGCUUAAAGUAUUGAAUAAUUAAAGUGUGAAUGUAUUGUGUGUGA